ACAAACCAGUAUCAAAUUGAUUCUAUCAUCAUGAAGGUUGUUUUCUGUUGCGCCGUAUUCGUAGCCGUUCUUGCUCUAACAAGCGCCGAGGAAUGUAGAUCUGUUGGCGACUGUGAUCACGUAACAUGUCCAGAAAAUAAUUACCAACUAGAAUGUCAUUUAAGACAGUGCACAUGUACCCAGGUAUCAUCAACCGGAGGUUCAACCGGAUGCAAAGUUCAGUCAGACUGUGGUGGAUCCGACUGUAGAUUCGGAUGGCACUGCGUCGAUGCCAGAUGCAGAUGCGGAUUCGGAUUUGGAGGUGGCAAAUAGAUUCAGCACAAUGUGCCAAUUGUUCAUAAAGCUGUUAAAUUUGUUUAAAUAAAUGUACAACUCAG